AUGUCGAAGCCAAUUUCUGAUUGGGAUCGCGAAAAGUACUUACAACUAAUACAGUUAUACGAACAAAAUCCCAUAUUAUGGGAUGCUCAAAAUGCUCAACAUUUUAAUAAAAAUUUAAAAAAUGAUGCAUGGUUGAGUAUUGCAAAUCAAAUGGAUGAAGAUGAAGACAUUGUUAGAAAAAAAAUGAACAGUCUUAAUGGAUCAUUUCGACGCGAGAAAUCUAAAACAAAGAACUCUAUGCGCACAGGAAAAGGCCGAGAUGAAAUAUAUAAAUCGAAAUGGUUUGGAUACGAACAUAUGCAGUUUUUAAAUGAUAAAGACGAACCAAGGAAAACCAUAAACAUUUUCUAUUCUUAG